ACGCCGGCGGGAGGGGCCAGGGCCGCGCCCCGCGCCCCGCGUCCGCGUCCGGCUCGGAGCGGGCGGGCUGCGCCGGGAACCGCCGGGGAGUCCGCCUCCGCCUGGCCGCGCCCGCCCCCCGCGAGCAUGGGCGCCCACCCGCGCGCUGCCGUGGUCGCGGGGCUCCCGCCGCCCCGAGCGCUGCCGCUGCCUCUGCUCCUGCUCCUGCUGCUGUCGCCGCCAGUGGCCAUCGCCUCCGAGGCUGAGCACCGUCUGUUUGAGAGGCUGUUCGAAGAUUACAACGAGAUCAUCCGGCCUGUAGCCAAUGUGUCUGACCCCGUCAUCAUCCAGUUUGAGGUGUCCAUGUCUCAGCUGGUGAAGGUGGACGAAGUAAACCAGAUCAUGGAGACCAACCUGUGGCUCAAACAAAUUUGGAAUGACUACAAGCUGAAGUGGGACCCCUCUGAGUAUGAUGGGGCAGAGUUCAUGCGUGUCCCUGCACAGAAGAUCUGGAAGCCGGACAUUGUGCUGUAUAACAAUGCUGUUGGGGACUUCCAGGUGGACGACAAGACCAAAGCUUUACUCAAGUACACAGGGGAGGUGACUUGGAUGCCCCCCGCCAUCUUUAAGAGCUCGUGCAAAAUCGACGUGACCUACUUUCCAUUUGAUUACCAGAACUGCACCAUGAAGUUCGGCUCCUGGUCCUACGACAAGGCAAAAAUCGACCUGGUCUUGAUCGGCUCUUCCAUGAACCUCAAGGAGUACUGGGAGAGCGGCGAGUGGGCAGUCAUCAAAGCCCCGGGCUACAAGCACGACAUCAAGUACAACUGCUGUGAGGAGAUCUACCCCGACAUCACGUACUCGCUCUACAUCCGACGCCUGCCCCUCUUCUACACCAUCAACCUCAUCAUCCCCUGCCUGCUCAUCUCCUUCCUGACCGUGCUGGUCUUCUACCUGCCUUCCGACUGCGGCGAGAAGGUGACCCUCUGCAUCUCGGUCCUCCUCUCACUGACCGUGUUUCUCCUGGUCAUCACCGAGACGAUCCCUUCCACCUCGCUGGUGAUUCCCCUCAUUGGCGAGUACCUCCUGUUCACCAUGAUUUUCGUGACCCUGUCCAUCGUCAUCACCGUCUUCGUGCUCAACGUGCACUACAGAACCCCGACCACGCACACCAUGCCCGCAUGGGUGAAGACUGUUUUUCUGCACGUACUUCCCAGGGUCAUGUUCAUGACCAGGCCCGCGAGCAGCGAAGGCCACACCCAGAGGCCAAGGCCCUCCUACAGUGCUGAGCUCUCAAAUCUGAACUGCUUCAGCCACACGGAGUCCAGAGGCUGCAAGGAAGGCUGUCCCUGCCAGGACGGGAUGUGUGGCCACUGCCACCACCGCAGAAUAAAAAUCUCAAACUUCAGUGCCAACCUCCCGAGAAGCUCCAGUUCUGAGACUGUCAACGCUGUGCUGUCCCUAUCUGCUCUGUCACCGGAAAUCAAAGACGCCAUCCAGAGUGUCAAGUACAUUGCCGAAAAUAUGAAAGCACAAAAUGAAGCCAAAGAGAUUCAAGAUGAUUGGAAGUAUGUCGCCAUGGUUAUCGAUCGAAUUUUUCUGUGGGUUUUCAUCCUGGUGUGCAUUCUGGGGACAGCAGGGUUGUUUCUGCAACCUUUGAUGGCAAGGGAUGACGCUUAAGCACCAAACUGUGUUUGCCAGAGGCCUCCUGGCGUGCAGAGGGCACUCGUUUGUUGUCAUUGUGUGAAACACACUUGGCCAUAAAAUGUACCACCUUCACCGUGUUCGGGCCCACGGCUCGGUCGUGUUAAAUAGUCAUCGUGGUGCAGCCGCCACGGCCAUCUCCGGGACUCUUCGUCUUGUAAGACCGCAUCUCCGCACCCACUGAACACCAACUCCCUGUCCCCUCUCCCCCUGAAACCCACAUUAUACUGUUUUGACUACCUUUGAGUACCGUAUAAGCGGAAGUGCACACUAUGUGUCUUUCUGUGAUCGGCCAGUUUCAUUCAGCAUCGUGUCCUCCGGGCUCAGCCAUGUUGGAGCAGGCGUCAGAAUCUCCUUUCUUUUCAAGGCUCAGCCGUGUUCCAUUGCACGUCUAUUCGUGUUGCUUAUCCGCUCAUCUGGCAGGGGACACUGGGGCGGCCCCCACAUUUUGGCUGUGACAGAUACGUGUGCAUCCAUGUUCACAGCAACAUUAUCUGUUUGAGACCCUGCCCUCGAUUCAUUAGGAUAUAUGCCCAGAGGCGGAAUUGUUGGGUCCUGUAGUAAUUCUAUUUUCAACUUUCUGAGGAACAACCGUACUGUUUUCCAGGAUGGCUGCACCAGUUUGCAUUCCCACAGGGGCUCCAAUUCUCCGCAACCUCAUCAACAUUUGUAUUCUGGUUUUUUUUUUUUUUUUUUUUUACAAUAGUCAUCCUAACGUGUGUGAGGCGGUAUCUCACUGUGGUUUUGAUGUGCAUUUAUGUAACGAUUAGUGACGCGAAGCAUCUUCUCCUGUG